GUUUGAUUACGGAUUAUACCAACAGAAGAAGGAUAAGCGAACAUGUUUCGUAUAGCUUGCUUAGUGUUGGUGAUAGUCCAAGUCUAUGGAAUACACGGUGAUGAAAGCGUGCUUGGUGGAGCUAUUGCCCAAAUUGUGGAUUACAUCUUUCACAAUAUAGGGGACGGUAAUUACCGCUGGGGGUUUUCAUCAACUGAUGGCGUACAGCGAAUGGAAGAGGGAGUGCUCGAAAAUCCUGAAACUGACCACGAAAACUUCAUAGUAAGGGGAAGUUACAGCUAUCCUGAUGCAAAUGGGAAAAUGGUUAAAGUAAAAUAUACAGCUGAUAAGGACGGUUUUCAUCCAGAAGGCGAUAACAUAUUCGUACCUGCUUACGACACUAACGAUAAAGACUACGAUCAAAAGGAUAACAAAAUCGAAGCAACUCAACAGUCGCGGUUUAAUCGCCAGUUCAUUGAGAACCCUCCGCACAAUUACGAAGACAAUUACCAACAAGUUUCUCAUCUACAAAAUCAUCAAAACCAAAACAUAGUGUACAGACAGCAAUUGCCCGUACAAGCCGAAAAUAACGACUUUCACUACGACAAAUCACUCAUAGAUCUUUUGGGCCAUAGUAGUGCGGGUGGCCUCAACUUCGAACAGCAAGGGCAAGAUCAGCGACCAAUUAUAGCUAUCGUGGGGGACGACGGAAGAAUAAUCGAAAGCAGUUUAGAUAGUGAAAAUAUUCCAGAUUCCAUUUUGGAAUUGUUAGGUAAAAGUGCUACCCACAGUAUUCCAAAACUAACACAGCAGCAAGUGCACGAUGUAAUGGUGAGAAAUGGAAUUCCACAAAUGAUUGAGAAAGCAUUAACGGAGGCUCUCAGAAAACAGAACAUUGAGACUGAUAAUGCUUCGGAGUCGUCAUCUGUCAUUGUCACUAAAGAUGCAGAACCCAGUACAACUCCUUCGACAUUUACCAUCUCGUACAACAAUAGCAUUAGCAGCGAUGCAGCUGAAAAGAUUAAUAAUAGUACGCAAACGUGA